ACAAUUUAAUCCUUUUUCUACGAAACGAAACCUAUUUUUUCUCAACAUGGAAAUUUGUGAGAUGAAAAGAUGGGACGUCGUGCUGGAGUACUUUAAGGAUUUCCGAGAGCUAUUUAAGUUAAUUGACGCGAAUGGAGAUGGUUUCAUCGAUGUUACCGAGUUACGAAACGCUUUGGACGUUUGCGGUUUCAAAAUGCCGGGCUACAAAGUGCGUCAGAUGAUCGAGGAAUACGAUGAUAAGCAGCGGUUGGAGCACAAAGGUCGGCUCUCCUUCGAAGAGUUUGAAAAGCUUUGCAAGGAACUCAAAGCCAAUGAAUUGGGCUCCACGUUCAAGCAAGUUGUGUCGAAAAAGGAGAAUCUUGAGACUUUGGGUGGAAUUUCCGAGGCAUCCAGCGAAGGAACUACGCAUUCUGUCAGACUCGAGGAACAACUAGCAUUCAGCGAUUGGAUAAACACUAAUUUGUCGCACGAUCCCGAUUUGAAGCACCUGCUGCUUAUCGAUCCCGAAGGAAAGACGCUCUAUGAUAAGGUCAAGGAUGGAAUAUUACUCUGUAAAAUAAUCAAUCAUUCUUGCCCGGACACCAUUGACGAGCGUACAAUCAACAAGAAAAAUCUGACGUUGUAUAAGAAGCAUGAAAACUUGACACUAGCUCUGUCUUCAGCGCAAGCUAUUGGCUGCAACAUCAUAAACAUCGAUGCCCAUGAUCUCACCAAAGGUUCGCCCCAUUUGGUGCUAGGUUUGCUCUGGCAGAUCAUCCGAAUCGGCUUAUUUAACCAGAUCACUCUCGAGAACUGCCCUGGUUUAGCUACUCUCCUGCAGGAAGGUGAACGAAUCGAAGAUUUGUUGAAGUUAUCUCCGGAAGCCAUUCUUCUCAGAUGGGUAAACCAUCACUUGGAGAAUGCUGGCAUCGCCAGGCGGUGCAAUAACUUCCAAUCUGACAUUACGGAUUCUGAGAUUUAUACUUAUCUCAUCAAACAAAUCGCACCCAACUCGGCUGGCGUUACUUUGGAAGCCUUGAUGGAACCGAAUCACAUGUCUAGGGCGGAGAUUAUGCUCCAACAAGCCGCAAAAUUGGGUUGUCGUAGUUUUGUGACACCUAGUGAUGUCGUGAAUGGCAUUUAUAAGCUCAAUUUAGCCUUCGUCGCGAAUAUGUUUAACAAUUACCCUGGCUUAGAUAAGCCAAAAAGUAACAUUGAAGGUUUAGAAUCUUUAGAGGAGACGCGAGAGGAAAAGACCUAUAGAAAUUGGAUGAACUCAAUGGGCGUAUCGCCACAUGUCAAUUGGCUCUACUCAGAUCUUGCUGAUGGACUGGUAAUCUUUCAGUUGUACGAUAUCAUCAAGCCAGGCACUGUAAAUUGGAAUAAGGUGCACAAGAAAUUCACAAAACUUCGAAAGUUUAUGGAGGCAUUAGAGAACUGCAAUUACGCUGUCGAGUUAGGUAAACAGAUGAACUUCUCGCUUGUGGGCAUCGCCGGAAAGGAUAUUAACGAUGGAAAUGCAACCUUAACAUUGGCUCUGAUAUGGCAGUUGAUGAGAUCAUAUACGUUGUCGAUUCUGACGUCUCUAGCGGGAACUCAGGGAAGUACUGUAGAGAAAGAAAUCAUUCAAUGGGUGAAUUCUAAACUCCAGGCAGCUGGAAAAAGCAGUAUCAAAGGAUUCCAGGAUUAUUCAAUAGCAGAUGGCAAAGUCGUCCUCGAUCUCAUCGAAGCAAUCAAGCCCGGCUCGGUUAAUUACAAUCUCGUUAAGGAGGGUGGAACUGAACAUGAGAAUCUGGACAAUGCAAAGUACGCGAUAUCUUUGGCGCGAAAGUGCGGUGCGCGUGUCUACGCGUUACCGGAAGAUAUUACCGAGGUGAAGCCAAAAAUGGUGAUGACGGUAUUUGCCUGCCUGAUGGCGAUGGACUACAUGCCGAAUAUGGACUCUGUGAAAAAUCAACAGAACAACGUAAAUAACGGCCAAUAAUGUCGGCAUCAAUCCGUCACCGUGUUGUUCCACCUGACGCGUGCCGUUUAUCUUUUGUAUACAAGAACUUUUGAUCGGAUUGCGCCGCACACGCUUCUUCCAUGAGCGUAAUAUUUGUACAUACGUAGAUUAAGUUAAUUUGUUUUGAAGAGAAUAUUAGGGAUUACUACUGCUAGGAAAAAUUCAUGAAAUGAGAAGGGGAACUCCUUUGGAAUCUGACGAAAUAUCAUUUGAUCCCUGUUUGUUAAAAACAAAAAAAUACAUAACGAAAUACAUAACAAGGAAUGUUAAGAUUAUAUUUGGUAUAAGAAAUUAUAUUAUUACUAUAAAGUUUGGAUAUUUUUUGAUUAAAACGUACGAAUAUGUCUAUAUAGUCAAUUAAAUGUAUGUGCGAUACAAGAUUUCCAAAUUUAAAAUAAUUUUUAAGUAGACUAUUAUAAAAUGGCGAUAAUAACUUUGAUCUAAGUAUUCAAGAUUUAUCAAAAUGUCGAUAUUUCUCGUGCCAGAAAGUGUAUUUACUUACAAAAUAAGAAAAGUACAGAUUAUUAUGUGUAAAUCGCUUGAAUCGGCACUAUUUAUUCUAAAUACUUUUCUACUAUGUGCGAUUUAUCAUAUCUUACUGUGCAAAGUGGAAUUCUCCUUCUUCAUUGUUUAUGCAAUCAUAUCAUUCGUUUUUACAUUUACAUAUAUCACAUCAGGUUUGUAUAAAUCGAUUUUACAUCGAAUACUCAAGUGAAACAAAUAGAAAACAUGCUAGAAACCAUUGAGAAAUAUUCAAAACGCAUACUCAAAGAUUCAGAAUAUACAGGGUAUACCGGUAUUCAUUUCAACAAUAGAUUUUUUAGAAAAAUUUUAAUUUUGAUUCUGUUAGCAAGAGCAUUGAUCAUUGAACCUUAAAAUUAUUAUUUAUUGCAAAAUAAUAAUUUUCACGAAAAUU